AUGCGGGCCCAAAAAGAGCCCAAAGGCAAAAGGAUUGCAGACUCUGCUCGGGAACAGCCCUGCACUCCAGCCACUGCCUGGUCGCUCGUGGGCCCGCUGGGCUCGGCAGUUCGGUGGCGGCCGCGCCUUUUCGAGCGCUCAGCCGGGUGGAGGGCGCAGGCAAGGCGCACAGUUCUGAGUGCGCCCCUACCCGGUCCGGGCCUGCUGCAGCCCCGACUGUCGGAGAGCCUCUCCGCAGAAGAGGGUUGUGCGCAGCCCUCUGAGCCCACCUCCUGGCCACACUGCCGCCAGCGCUUCUCCGGCUCAGGCCGGAAGCAAUACGCUGCUUCCAAAGCCGAUCCGGAGCUGGCCGACCCCAGACUGAUUCUCAACAGGUGGCUGGGGAGCCCCCACACUCCGUUGGCCGUGCGGGCCCAUCGCACACACGGCGGCGAAGCCACCUUACCCCACACCCCACACUUCACCCCGCCGGCCCAAAAAUUGACCACCCGCGCCCGAGUCGGGGGAGCCAGGAGGAUCCCCCAGGGUAGGGGAGCAGGGGGGAUCUUACCUGCCGUAAGGAAUACACUACCUGAAGUUAGUCGCAAGUCAGCUUCAAUCACGGAAAAAUCACGUCUAGAAGAUUCCAUGAAGCCGCUUCCAAUCGCACGAGAACACGUGCGCAACACCCUUCAAGUGUCAACGCUCUGGAGACGGCGGCGUCUCACCUCCCAAGGUGUCUUCACUCCCAGAGGGCCGGGGCUCCGCCGCAGCCCGACACUGGGCUCGCGCUUAGAGAGGAGCCUUGGUCGGUUAGUGUUCGUGGAGGGGUGCGGCGGCUUCUCUUGUCUGCUGCUCUGGCCAUCGCGCCUUCCGGCCCGGCUGCCCGCUGGGUCUCCAUGGAUGCAGGAGUGCGGACGAUGGAACGGCGGCAGCGGCCGGCCGCCGUGGCCCGGAGUCCCCGGAGCACCUGGCGUCGUGGGCUGGUGGAGCUGCGCGACCGGGUCAGAGUAAAGGCCCAGGAGCCCCGCGACUCAGCGGGGCGGGUCUGGGGUCACUGCGGGGUGACGGGGCUGGGGAUCUGGCUUUGUUUCCCUCUCUAGUCACACUGCACACUUCCUUCCAGCCCCCAGCCAGCCUCCAAGACGCUGAGCCCUGGUCCUGUUUGUUUUUCCAGCCCCGAGCCCUCCACCCAGACGCACAAAUAGCCCUCGAGGCUGCCCCAGGCCGUGGCCCAGCUCAGGCCGCAGUCCAGCCUCCGCCUCGCCACGAGUUCUGGCCCCGCAGGAAGCAGAGGGGACAGGAGGGCUUCAGGGUCUUCCUGGAGCCAGAGGGCACAAGGGACAUCGGGGAGGGGGAGGGGGGGCGGGAACAGUUCAGGGCUUCAGCGGGCUGUGAAGGCCCAAGAUCUGGGCUCAGAGGGGCGCAUGUGACUUGAGUGGCGGCUUCUGGGCCUCGGACGUGGCCAAAGAGUGGGGAUAACGGUGGAGCUAACCGAAGGACUCCAUGUAGGACCCCAUCAAGCUUGGGCCUUGAACGCCACGUCAGUCAUACCUACAAAACCAAUGGCCCUUUGUGGGUCUGCUGUCCCCCCCUCACCUCUUGCAGGAUACCUCGCGAGGCAGUGGAGCCGUGUCCCCGGUGUCGCGCUGCCUGUCUCCCCCAGCCGGAUCACAGGCCUGCCUGCGGUGUCCACUUGGAUAGUCUCCCUGGCCCUUGGCCUAUCCCAUCCUCGGGAGCCCAGUGUCUCCUCCCUGGUGCUCCAGAAGCCUUACCCCUCACCCUCUAACCGCGAUGGCCCUACCAGAACCACCACUCCAGACCGCUCGCGGAACCAGGGUCCAGCUUUGUGCGCCGCGGCGGCAUCCCAACGCCCAGCGUCGUCUCAGGCUCUCUCUGCGGACUCGCAGUAGAGACGCGCUCGGGCGUUAUUUCUCAAGCAUCGCCCAUUUUACCUAAUCCCUUAUGUUUUUAUUUUAAUCCUACACAUUACAGUUAAUCUGUAAUGAUACCGCUUCGGAUGAACCUGUUGCAUCCGAGGCACUGCAAUUUGUAACCUUGGAAACUGUUUUAAAUAAAGAUUAUAACAGUGGUGUCAA